CAAACCCAACCCAAUCCGAGAACGGGCGCACGCGCGGCGCAGAUCAGCCAGCGUAAGCAUAAGCCACCGCCGCCACUCGUUCGGUCGCUCCGUUCCACUUCCACAGCGGGCGCCAUGGACGCGGCCGUGUCCCUGCACCACCACGGGGCGCUCCCCGCCGCCGCAGCCUCCCUCCAGCCCCACCACCACCACCGCGCGCUCCACCUCAGGCACCCGCCUCCGGCCUCCUCCAUCUCCGCGCGCCUGACCGUGACCGCGCCGCCCCGCCGCUCCUCCUCCUCCUCGUCUGUCUCCGCCGCUCCGCCGGCGCACCCGGCGCGUGCCAGCACCAAAACCAUCACCAGCAGCCGCGCCGCCACGGGCUACGCGGCCGCGCUAGCCGACGCGUCGCUCCGCGCGGGCACGCUGCCCGGGGCCGCCCGCCACGCGCGCGCCCUGCUCCGGCGCCUGAAGGAGCCUCCCCGCGGGCAGCGCCUGGAGGAGCCCGACGCGCGGGUGGGCGCGCUGGUGCGGCUGCUCGUCGGCAAGGGCAAGGCCGGCAUGGUCGCCGACGUCAUGGCCGAGUUCGCCGCCCUCUGCGACCACCUGCUCGCCCCGCCGCCGUCUUCAGCCUCGUCGAGCAAGCGCGCCCAGUGCGCCCCCGCCUACUAGCGCCUGAUGCACGUAACGUACGUGCCAUGCUAGCUUUUCGGUUUUGCACUUGAGGAUUACUGGCUGAUGCAUGCACGUACGUAACGCCACGCUGGUAUCAACUGCAGAUGCCCAACUGCUUGCUACUGUACUAUGAUUGUAUAAUUAACUGUGAGCACUGUCCAUGCGCGUACGCACCACAAAUCUUCUGUCCAACUGCUUGCCACCAUGAUCAUAUUGUAGUCGAUGGAA